AUGACGAUUAAUGCAACGAAAAUGAAUACAGAGACGCAAGAAAACUGUCUUGGUAAUAGGAGUUCAAUGAAGACUAUUUCUGAAGUGGAAAGAUACAAAUGUCGGGCACGGAAAAUUGCUUUAAUUACUGGAAUAUCGGGACAGGAUGGUUCCUAUCUUGCCGAAUUGUUGUUGUCGAAAGGUUAUGAAGUGCAUGGAAUUAUCCGACGAUCGUCAUCCUUCAACACAGCCCGCAUAGAGCAUUUGUAUUCAAAUCCAAUAACUCAUCAUGCCGACUCCAGCUUCACGCUCCAUUAUGGUGAUAUGACAGAUUCAUCCUGCCUGAUUAAAAUUGUCAGUCAGAUUCAACCAACAGAAGUGUAUCACUUGGCUGCUCAAAGUCAUGUCAAGGUAUCUUUUGACUUGCCAGAAUAUACAGCUGAAGUUGAUGCUGUUGGAACGCUGCGUUUACUGGAUUCCAUUCAUGCCUGUGGUUUAACUAAUAAAGUAAAAUUCUAUCAAGCCUCAACAUCCGAAUUGUAUGGUAAAGUACAAGAAGUGCCUCAAAAAGAAACCACACCGUUCUAUCCUCGUUCACCUUAUGCUGCCGCGAAGCUUUAUAGCUACUGGAUUGUGGUCAAUUAUCGUGAAGCAUACAGCAUGUUCGCUUGCAAUGGAAUUUUAUUCAAUCAUGAAAGCCCACGACGAGGCGAGACAUUCGUUACACGUAAGAUCACGAGAGCAGUUGCAAAAAUUGCCUUAGGGCAGCAAGAAGUAUUGGAAUUGGGAAAUUUGAGCUCCAGUCGUGAUUGGGGACACGCCAAAGAGUAUGUCGAGGCCAUGUGGAGAAUAUUACAAUAUGAUAAGCCUGAUGAUUUUGUUAUUGCAACGGGGAAGAGCUAUACUGUUCGCCGAUUCGCCGAGCUUGCUUUCGAGGAAAUUGGGAAAAAAAUAAUUUGGGAGGGUGAAGGAGUGCAUGAAGUUGGGAAAGAAGAGGACACUGGUAUCGUUCGAGUCAGAGUCAGUUCCAAAUACUACAGACCAACGGAGGUGGAUCUACUCAUAGGUGAUUCUACAAAAGCGAAACAAAAACUCAACUGGGAGGCAAAAACUACACUUGAGGAGCUCGUGAAAGAAAUGGUAGCAAGCGAUUUACAACUCAUGAAAUCAAACCCAAUGGCCUAA